AUGUCACCCAACAGAACAAUCCACAGCCUCCCACUGAAUGUUUGCUAUGUCAUUUUCAUUCUUGCUAUGACACCUCCUCACGCCGAAUGGCUCGACCAUCCAAUAAUCUACUUAGAUUACGGCCAAGCGAAGAAGGUCGUCUGGAGGGACCCAGAGUCAACUUAUUACAAUCUCAGGCUCGCAGACAAAGUGUGCGCCUGGGUAGCCAAACGGGCUCUAUUCUCCUACUUUGUCUUCAUGUUCGCAAGCCCUUGGCCUAUGAAACUUCCACCCGACCUUAGGCUGAAUAUAAAACACUUCGCCUACCGCCCGAUAGAGCUUCGGCGCCUCACCUGUCAUGUUACCAACGUAGUUGCCAUUCGUCGACAGUUAGAAUGUCUCACCACAAUACACAUUGUGAUCCCACAGGAAUUGGAGAGAAUCUCGCAUAGUAUUACGACUGAUGUCAGGGCAUUGAAGUAUAUUACCCUCCUUUUCCUCAUACGCUAUCGAGUCGCUGUCGUCGGGCAGGCCGAGCAGGCCGGGCACUGGGACGUUCGAGCCGAGAUGGCCUUAGAGCCAGUAAGGGAUGCACUGAGGGGGAUAAAAGGAUAUCGGCAUCUUAAUAUGUUCUACCACCCGCAUGGCUAG